GCCCCAGAGGACAAAGGAGAAGCACACAUGGAGAGUGGGGGGAAAUCAUGCUUUUUCUAACUCAGUAGAAUCCCGUGUAUGAAAUCUUAUUCUGUACAUGGGUAACUGUUCCAGGUUAUACUAGUCCAUUGUGAUCGGUUUAGGGCAAUUCCUCCCCUACAGUAAGGCUUUUGCAAAGGAAUCCUGUCCCCAGAGCCCUGAACAUUUCCCUUUUCCCCUGCAUUAUUGAAUGCAACCUUCCAUGUGGGUCCUUUAUUUACGUAGUUUCUCUCUGACACGCUGAGAUUAUAUUUCCCUAACAGCGCAACCUGAGGCAAUUUAAUCUUCAUUUCAGUUCAAUGUGUGACUUAUUCCUCGGUAAGGAGGUCCAGCAGAGGGGGAAGGAAUGCAUCGACCUCCCACGGAGAGAGAGACCUCUUUCUGCAAGGCCGCCGGAUCCCCGUCCUGGGAGCAGCGGCCUGCAAGCUGCCUAGCAAUGCAAAAUAAGCAGAAAUGAUACCGCGAGAAAUAGGAACACUGGGCGGCGUGCGUAGACGACUCUACUUUUUCUAUCUCUUUGGUUGUCUCCCGGGGCGCGCGCGCGCGCGCCUUGCCCUUGCAGCUUUUUGGCUCCGAACCGGCUAACCAAGAGAAUUGCCCCGCGGCGGCUGCCUCCUCGCUAGAGGGUCCAGGGUGAAAGCGGUGGCGCGGCGUAGGUGCAUUACUAUAGGUUCGUCAGUCUCCAAAUGCUGUGAUUGAUUUCUGCCCUCUUCGAGGUCAGAAAUUUUUAAAGAGGAAUGUCAAGCUAUCUCCAUGUAGAAAAUAUUCCUGAUACAGGGUCAAUAUAUGUUAGGGAAGAUGGCCAUCUGUAUAAAGUGAAUGAAAAUGCUUCGGCAGGAGUAAAUAGUGCAUCGAAUCCAAGGCCUUCAAGACUGUUCUCCAAAGGAUUCUCUGUUGAGCUUUGCAUGAACAGGGAAAAUGACAAUGGAAGAACGGAUCAUUUCAUCUUCACUUGCACAAAGGAGGGAAAUUUGCGAUACUCUGUUAAAUCUCUCUUCAGCAUAGUCUUGAGUUAUGUUGCUGACAACAUUAAUCACGUGGAUUCAUUGAAUGGCUUUCCAGAACAGAUAGCAGAAAAACUUUUCUGUGCUGCAAAUACUAGACAGAAAUUUGCAGAACCAAGAACAGGACUCAGUGCUUUGCAAAAAUUUAUUGAUGCUUAUGGAAAUUUAGUGCUCCGAACACUAUGUUUGAACAAUUGUUAUCUUCUUAUUUCUGAAAAACUGGAAGAAAUCAAAUCUUUUCAGGGUCUGAUAUGCUUGGAUUUGUCCUGUUGUAAACUUGGAGACGGUCAUGAUCUGCUACAACACACCACAAGUGAAACACUAUCAAGUUUAACACGGCUCCUCCUGAAAGAUAACUGCUUAUCAGAUGCUGGUCUUCGCAAAAUGACAGCACCUGUUCGAGUUAUGAAAAGGGGCCUUGAAAAUCUCACAGUAUUAGAUUUGUCUUAUAAUCCAGGAAUCACCAAUAUGGGACUUAGAUACCUGCUUUGUUUCAAAAAACUGAACUAUUUGGAUGUUUCUGGGACUGAUAUCAAGAACACAAAGGCAGCCAUUUGUGAGAUCCAGACACAAAUGGGUCUGAUUCAUUCAGAGGUACCUUUGAAAGAAUUUGAUCAUAAUUCGUGCAAAACACAGGGAUGGGCAGAGCAGAUUAUCUUACAAUGGGAACAGGAAGUCCUGGAAAAAAAUAAGCCAGAAAAAAUAAUAAAAUCUAGAACAGCAGCUGAACACUUCUAUGGAAAAAGACGAAGACCAGAAACACCUUUUGAAUCUCGACUAGGAGAGAAGGAAAGAGACACUUCUGAGAACUUACAGUUCUACAAGGGAAGUGCAAAGAUGUCAGACUUCCCUUUGCAAAAUAUGAAAACUGAGAUGACUGAAGAAUUUCUGAAUAAAAAGAGGGCUGCAGUUGAGAAGAAAGAAAAGAGAUCUCAAUCAAAGAAUUCUAGCUUCUCAGUAGCAGACUGGGACUUGCUAAAUUCAUAUUGAAUUCUAUUAAUAAAACAUAUUUGGUGCAAAAAGAAUAAAAUAAUAACAUUUCUACUAAA